AUGCAUUCUCCGUUAAGCUCCCCCAUGCAUUCUCCACUACAUUCGCCAAGUAUGAAACCUUUAGCUAAAAUAAUCACUUCUACUAUCAAUCCAUCAAUGAUACCAGAUAUUUCUAAACUUUCAUUAAAUGAUGCAUCUUUAUCAAAGCAGAACACUUCAGAAACUAGCUAUAUAUCCGAUUUUCAAAACUAUCCUCCUCCACCUCAAUUGGCCAAUCAUUCAAAUUCUUCAAAUUUAGUACAUCCAAGCCAUCAUUUACGUAGGCCUUCUCAUAGAGAAAGUAAUGAUACUAUAUUAUGCGGUUCCAACGAUAUUAAUAGACAACCACCUUCUACUCCAAAACAUAUGGAGUGCAUCUCUCCUCAAAACUCCAAAAAGGAUAAUGAUUUAUUAGCUACUUCUGGUUCAUUAGAUUCCACUCCAAGAAAUAUCGAUGCCGUAUUGGAUCAUAAGAUUGUAUCAAGAAAACAUUCCAAAAGUCUUUCAAGAAAGCCUUCUUCUAAAAAUAAAAGCACAGAUGAAUUAUUUAAAACAUCAACCACUCAAAAUAAUAACCAACCAAAUCAAUUACCUCCUUUAUCAACAAAGAAAAAUAUUUCAAGAUCAAACUCGAUUAAAUCAAGAGACGGUACUCCUACAACUUGUAUACCAAAUGAAAAUACCGUCAUUAUUCAAGUGGAUAACUUUAAAGUUUAUAAAGAUGGUCAUCACGUUCAUGACUUAAAGAUUAGUCCAAUUUUACAAGAUAAUUUUAAUUCCGUGUCUUCAGCUUCAUCAACUUCUUCUAUUGAUAUAAAUGAAAAUAUACGACAGGGCAAACAAUCACAAUCACAACAACAUUCAAAUGAAACUGCUGUAAAACAAAAAUCAUCUUUAUUUUCUUUAUCAACUUUUUUCAAACCGCAUCAAAAAGAUUCAAAUGCUCCCUCUAUUGAAACGAUACCGAUGGAUGAUUUUUCUUUAGCAAAUGGGACUUCUCUUUUACCAAGGAAAUAUCUUUAUCAAUUAACAAACUCUGCUCCUUCAUCUUUUUUCAAUUUAAAUUGUUCAACUUCUUCAUCUUCAUCACCUUCAAAUUCAAAUUCAAAAAAUAAUUCUAAUGAAUCUUUAACCCUAAGCAAAAAGCAACAUUCAGAAACUGCCACUGAAGAUGAAAAGAAUUGUUCAUCGAAGAAUCCUAAAAUUGUUAAUCCAAUGGCUGCAGUAGGCCCAGAAGAAUUGAAACUAAUUAAUACAAUUUCCGAUCAAAUUCAUAAAAAAUUCCGUUAUUAUAAUCCAAAAUAUAGUAGUUCAUCAUCUUCAACUUCUCCUUCACCUCCAUUAACUUCUAAUCAAACUUUUAGUAAAGACCCUUCAAAGAGGAAAGGUGAGACUUUUAGUGAAUUAUAUGGUAAACCAAUUGCAAAAUUAGGUCAUGGUGCGUAUGGUGUCGUCAAAUUAUGUGCAAAACAAAAACCACAACGAUCUAUUAAUUAUCCUACUUAUUCGAGUAAUUCAAAAUAUUUCUUUGCAGUAAAAGAACUAAAACCAAGACCAAAUGAACCAUUGGAAAAAUUUUCGACAAGAAUCACUUCUGAAUUUAUUAUUGGUUUAUCUUUAAAUCGUUCAAAUGAUAAACAUAAGCCUCCAAAAAAUAUUCUGCAUAUUAUUGAUUUAAUGCAUAUAAAUGGAGCAUUCAUUGAGGUAAUGGAAUUUUGCCCUGCUGGUGAUUUAUAUUCCUUAUUAAUUAGAAAUUCAAAAAAUGGGUCUUCUUUACAUCCUUUAGAAGCCGAUUGCUUCAUGAAACAACUGCUACAUGGCGUUAAAUAUAUGCAUGAUCAUGGUGUUGCUCAUUGUGAUUUAAAACCUGAAAAUUUAUUACUAUACCCUUCAGGCUUAUUAAAAAUAUGUGAUUUUGGUACAAGUUGUGUUUUCCAAACUGCUUGGGAAAGACACCCACAUUCACAAUCGGGUGCAGUAGGUUCUGAGCCUUAUGUCGCACCAGAAGAAUUCAUACCGAGAAAUGAUUAUGAUCCAAGAUUGGUAGAUAGUUGGAGUUGUGGCGUCAUAUAUUGUUCUAUGGUACUGGGACACUAUUUAUGGAAGAUAGCUGUUCCUGAAAAGGAUUCUUUCUACAGUUCAUUCCUAGAUGAAUUAGAAUCAGACGAAGAAUUUUAUAUAUUCGAAGAGUUAAGACAUAUUAAUCACGACAUUAAUAGAUUUAGAAAAGUGGCCUUAUACAAGAUAUUCCAACCAAAUCCAAAGAAAAGGGUUUGUGUGGAUCAAGUUUUAUCCUCUUCUUGGAUGAAACACACUAGAUGCUGCAUUUCGUACAGAUCAAAUGAUAUUGAAAGAUAG